ACUGCGAUGGACACGUGCACGCCUGUGUAACUAGGUGUAAUGGCAGUUUGUUUCACCAAAUAGCAAGGGUUGGAAAAUGAUGGAUGAUGGAUAAAGCAGAUGCUGCAAGUUUGCACACCGAACAGAUUGCCUGUUAGUAACCCAAAGACCAUGAAGCGAAGCCAGCUUUCCAGUAGCAGUGAGGACUCUGACAACGGCAGUCAUUCUACCUCCUGGUCACAGCAUUCCAAAUCUCAACACAGGAGGAACUCCUGGUCCCGACAUGAAGAUAGAAAACCGUCUGAGGUGUUCAGAACAGACUUGAUCACUGCUAUGAAGGUGCAUGAUUCCUGCCAGCUGAACCCGGUUGAAUACUACAUCCUGGCAGACCCAUGGAGGCAGGAGUGGGAGAAGGGAGUUCAAGUGCCAGUCAGCCAUGAGUCCAUACCAGUGCCCGUCCUUCGAAGUGUGGCUGAGAAGGACAAGGCAGUCAUGUUUACUAGAUCGAGGAAGUUAAUACGCUCAUCAGGUUCUGAGCCACCGGAACUGGGGUACGUAGACAUCCGUACCCUGGCCGACAGCAUGUGUCGCUACGACUUGAACGAAACGGACGUAGCCUGGCUGGAGGUCAUCAAUGAAGAAUUCAGGGAAAUGGGUUUGCCAGAAGUGGAUGAACUCACCAUGGAAAGGGUCAUGGAAGAAUUUGAGAGGCGUUGUUAUGACAACAUGAACCACGCCAUGGAAACUGAGGAGGGACUGGGCAUUGAGUACGAUGAAGAUGUUGUUUGUGAUGUCUGCCAGUCACCUGAUGGGGAAGACGGGAAUGAAAUGGUCUUCUGUGACAAAUGCAACAUUUGUGUACACCAGGCCUGCUACGGUAUCCUCAAAGUGCCUGAAGGCAGCUGGUUGUGUCGCACCUGUGCCCUGGGCGUCCAGCCCAAGUGUCUACUCUGCCCUAGAAAGGGUGGGGCGAUGAAACCGACACCCAGUGGAACGAAGUGGGUUCACGUCAGCUGUGCGUUGUGGAUACCAGAGGUGAGCAUCGGAAGCCCUGAGAAGAUGGAGCCCAUCACAAAGGUGUCGCACAUCCCUAACAGUAGAUGGGCACUGGUGUGUCACCUGUGCAAGGAGAAGUCAGGAGCCUGCAUACAGUGCUCUGCGAAGAACUGCCGAACUGCCUUCCACGUGACGUGUGCGUUCCAGUGGGGCUUGGAGAUGAAGACCCUCCUUGAGGAGAAUGACGAGGUGAAGUUCAAGUCCUUCUGCCUGAAGCACAGCGACAAGCCGGAGACGGAGGGGGGCUCGGAGGAAGAGGAAGCUGAGGUGGAGGAGAAGGCAGCGGUGCUGAACCGUAACCAGCAGAGCGUGAGCCAGCGAAAGCAGAAACUGCAGCAGCUGGAGGAGGAGUUCUUCAAGUUCGCGAACGCAGGCGAGGUGGCGCAGUCCCUCCGGCUGCCAGAGGAGCAGGUGGACUUCAUGUACCAGUACUGGAAACUCAAGAGGAAGGCCAGCUUCAACAAGCCGCUUAUCACUCCCAAGAUGGAUGAGGCGGACAACCUGGCCAAGCAGGAGCAGGACAUGCUCUUCUGCAGGCUGCAGCUCUUCACACACCUCCGGCAGGACCUGGAAAGGGUUCGAAAUCUCACGUACAUGGUGACGAGAAGAGAAAAGAUGAAGAGAUCGGUGUGCAGAGUACAGGAGCAGAUCUUCCACCAUCACGUCAAACUGCUGGAGGAGCAGCAGCUUGCAGGCGUACCUUCAUCGGGCCAUUUGGAAGAUGCAUUCCUCUUCAAAUGGCUCACUCCUCUGGAAGAUUCAAAGAAGCAAGCUUUUAAAAACUUUUAUUUUGGCCAGCCUCCAGGAGAUUUUGCAGGAAAGCCCUGGCCGGUCAAAGAAUCUCACAAGGGUGAGAAAGGCAAAGCCUCAAGAGACGUCAAGAAAAGAACGUUGCGGAAGCAGCAGUCAAACACAGCCAAUGACUACACUGGGAAACCAGACACCAGCAGUGACAGCAGUAGAAAGGAGCAGGAACCUCAGGGCAGGCUGUCCAAGGCUGGGGCGAAACCAGCUCACCAUGGAGACCAAACAAAUGUUGUGCUAACCCUGGAGCACAAAAAAGGAGAAUGGGGCCUACGAAGCGAGGAGAACAAACAUGGGCUGCGACAACGAGCCUCCUCCAAGCCCAACCAGAAGCCUCUGAAACCCACAGAGGAGACUGCACUGAGGCAGUCCGACAUCAAAAGGGCACCGGCUCACCCUAGCAGCAGAACGCUGACCCGCCGGCUGUCUGGGGAAGCAGUGCCUAAAUGCAAUGGUUCUCUGAGGAAAGCCAACUGCAAUCAAACCGCCGCUCCAGUGCCAACCUCACCGCCCAGCUCCAUGAAAAACUGGGGAGGCUUCAAAAUCCCAAAGAAAGGGGAGAGGCUCCAGCAUGGGGAGGAGCAGCUAGUGGCCUGCCAGAGGAAUUCCGGGGACCAUGGCAAGGAGUCCCCUAAAGGCAGAGCCAAAGCUCGUCUAAAGAAAGAGACUGAAAACGAUGGCUACGCCCCUGACGCGGAGCUCAGCGACUCCGAGACGGAGGCGAAAGAAAAAGUGUGUCGGCCUCAGCGUCUCAGUGCCUCCCUUAACAGGAGGUAUGGGACAGACAUCAUCCGGAGAAGCAUCAUGGCUUCUUGAGGGGUGUACUGGGUCACUAACUGAGGCAGUACUGAAUUGGUCACUUGAACUACUUGCCUAAAUUUAAAAAGUUUUUUUUUUUUUUCCUCAGAAAACUAAUCUGGAAGUAUACACAUAAAAGUAUACCAUACCAUGCUGGUACUUUAACCGUUUACUCAUCUCAAAGCACUUAUUUUUAAAAGCCCAUUAAUUCUUAAUUAAAGUUCAGGUUGCUUUUUUGAGCUUUGGUAAAAUUGAAGGUAUUGAGUCGGACCUGACUGAAAUACACAAGUUUAAUUGCACAUGCAACCCCCCCCCCCCACCCCCCCCCCAGAGAAACACUACAUUUCUUUUAAAAGUGAAGCUGAGAGCUUGAUAGACUCGGUGAAACUACUGGGUCUGUGGGCCAUAGCACUGUUUUUAAAGUGGGUUAUUUUUGUUAAAGAAAAAAAAAAAACAACAAGCACAAGUUCUUAAAAAAAAAAAACAAAAAAAAAACCUCAGCUUUGGUAGUUGCUCCCAUGGCAUUGUUUGCCACGUUUCGUUUGCGGAAAGUGAUCGUUAUAAUUAAAGCUCACUUCGUUUGGCAAGUUUUUGCCGUAGGUAAAGAAGUCUUUUUAAAGGGAGUUGGGGGUAAUGCUCGUUAUCCCCCUGUCUUUUCUCAGAGGUCUUUAUUUUGCUCUGCAGUGAUCCCUACAAGGAAGGGAACGACUGGAGCAGCAAUCAGUACCGGCCUAGCUAUCCCUUUUUGUAUAGGAAGAUCGCACUAAUGUCGAGGGCCAUCAGGGCAGAUCUGUAUGAAAGACAUUGAAACAAAGGUAUUGCCUGGAACGUAUUUGUUUUUAAAGUGUUAUCAAAUAUAUUUAAAAGGAACAAAAUCAGUGCUGAUGCACUGCCGGAUGCAAAUAAUUCAACACAUGAUUUGGAUUUCCCUGGAAAGGCUAAGCACAGGCUUAAAGCCAGUGUGGUGUAUUUUAAUAAAUAAUGCAGCUAAAUCUGCACUUAGAGACACAGCAGCUGAAUCACUUGUGUCUGGCAGUUAAUUGUGACCCUGAAUUAAUGACACAAGUACAAUACAAUGUGUUAUUCAUAUAGUGUGAGCUUUUGCCAAAUACAGCCCCUCUAUCUUAAAAAAUAGUUUGUGAUUUAUCUACAAUAAGCAAUAAUAAUCGAUUGGGUUAUCAGCAAUAAAAAAGCUCUUUUUGGGAAGAAUAAUACAGUGUUAUAUUAAAAAGGUGUAUUCCGAAAGAAUUUUUAUCGGGAAAGAAAAUAUGCACGAGACAAACGAGCAGUCUAGUCGGUGGCUUUCGCAUUCUUAUGCAUACAAAAUAAGUUGUAAAAGAAAAUUACAAUUUGCUCAUCAGUUGCAAAACAAAAAAGUUUAACAAAAUAUAAAAAGUUCAAAUCAUUGCUUCUGCUCUACACAUGCAAAAAUGUAUGUUUUACAUUCAAGUGUUUAGUUAUAGCCAUAUUUUUCCAUAGCCUUGAUGCUAAACUUAACUGGCAGAGAUGUCUGCGAGAUGCUUAUGAAUGCACAGAAUUGUAACGAUGUUUGAGAUAUGUCUAUUGAUGUCAGUAUUUUCAGUGUCAUGCCUUACUUGAUCAUGAUACAAUAGAUCAAUGUACAAGUGGAAAUCCCCUUUUAAUAAUAUUUCACAAAGUACUUUUUACCUUUAAAAACUUGAUAGAAAAAAAAUGCCUGAUAGAAAAAAAUGUAAAGGGAUACAGUGCCUAUAGAAAGUCUACACCCCCUUGAACAUUGUUCA